AUGGAUAUAUUAUAAAAGCUUCAGUAAAAUUUAGAAAAACAGAAUACUCCGUAAAAGUCUCUCCUUAACAAGACAAAUAAGAUUUAAUAAAAAAUUAGCAAAGUCAAUUAUAAUGAAGAUUAGAAUGAUAAAGAGAGAAUUAGAGAGAGAUUAGACGAAAUGAUAAAGGAUAGAAACUAGAAGAUGAUGAAAGAGUCUAUAGAAGUAAAUUUUGCUUAAACGAUUAAUGAGAUAACAUCAGGUAGUCCUCUCAAGCCAUAGAAACCUAAUAAAAAGUAUAAGCUAACUAUAGAAUAAGUUAAGAUUUACUAAACUCUAAAGAAAUUAGAACUAAAAUCUAAGUCUCACUUCAAACUAAAUGAGUAAAAAAGAAAUAAGGGGGUAAAUCAUAGGAGAUUUACUGAUAUAAUUGAGAAUGAAAAGGAUCACUUACUUGGUAUAUUUAGUUCUAACAAACUUAUCACAGAAUUCUCAGGGUAGAGUGGUCAGAAAAUAUUUGAUAUGCACAAAUUGGAUUUUGUCUAGCUUAAGUUUAAAGAGGAUAUAGCGAGGAUAACUUAAGAUAUGAUAGAUCAAGCUUAAUAGAGUUAGUUUGGAAAAGAAAUCAUUCAGAAAAGCGAAUUAUAUUAGCACAAAUACAUUCCUGACAUAGCGCAAACAUUUGAAUAGAAAAUUCAAUAAUAUAACUCAGAAAUCACAAACAAUUAUCAGUACGAUGAGUCACCACAUCCACAGGCCUAGACAUAUGAUGAUUUUCAAUCAGUAGCAAGAAUAUAUAACAAUGCUUCAAUUAUAAAAGUUAAUAUAACUGGAGAAUACCCGACAUUAUACUACACUUUUGAAAAUGUCAAUGAUUCACUUCAAAUUUAGAGAGUGAAAUCAAAAAAUAAUUUGAUUGGAAAAGGAGUUCAAUAGAUUGCUGAACCCUCAAACUCACUUGUAUCCAAAAUAUCAAAAGGGUUAGCAAGGCAACUCAAGACUGAAUUUACAACUAUAGAGAAUAGAUACCUUAAGAAUAUAGAAAGGGAAGUCGUUAAAGAGUAUGAGCUAGAGGACGAGGAUGAAAUGUUUCAAUCUAUGUACUUGAAUUACAUUGGUAUGGGUGGUUUAAAUGAUAACUUGGAAUCUUCAAAUGGCUUAUCUCAUAUUCAGAGUCCAACAACAGGCAUAAUAGAGGGACUUGGAGGCAUGAUUGGUGGAUUACAAGGAUUUUAAAAGGGAAGAAACCAUAAUUAGUUAGAGAUUUCAGAUGAUUCUGAUAAGGAUCUCUAAUUCAUCGAUUUAAUUGGCUUAAGUGGUAAUAAUAACAAUAAUAGAAUGCACAUGGAUAACUAAAUCAAUGGCAACAAUAUGCUGAUAAUUACUCCUUUUGAAAAUAUUCUAUUUUACGAUGAGUUACUUGAUGAGGAGAGCUAUGAUGCACAAUUGAUUGAUGAACUAUUUAAUGGAUAGAAAAAGAUUAAGAUUAGUAAGGAGGUUGCUGAUAGAUCAAGAGGUAGAUCAAUAGCUGCUCUAAUGAGUCGGAUCAAUACAGAAAAUUUAGAUGACUCUGAUUCAAGUAUUUAAGAUAAUCAAACUUACCAAGCUCUUUAGAAAUAUCAGUUCAACUAGAUACUUAAGGGAAAUGAAUCACCAGACAUACUGCUUAGAGAUAAUAGAAAUUAUACAACUAUUUAAAGACAAAAAACGACAAGAAAAAGUGUGAAGAGAUAGAAGAUAGACAUUAGCUCGAUAGUAGAGUUCUUCGAUCCAAUUAGGAAAAAGAAAGGACCUCUGUCUAAGAAAAACAAGACAGGAAGAAUAAAAGACAAGGGAUCAACCUAAAAACAUGGAAUAGUAAACAAAAGAGUUCCAACAGAUAAUUCAACUUAAAUUGAACACGGGCUCAUUACGUUUUAUGGAAAUGUUUCAAAGCAGAGAUUUAGAUUCAACAGUUUUCAUUUGAGGUGGAUGAUGAUGAGAGGGCUAAAUUUAUAUUGGUAUAGAUCACCAAUGGAUAAAUAGCAAAAAGGAAACAUAAUUAUACCAAGUGUAAACAUUCAGCAUAUGAGGGUUGGGCAAAAUGGUAGACAGCUUAGAUUUUUAGAUAAUGAAUAAAAUUUGGAGUUUAAACACAAAGUCUCAAACAUGAUUUAGUACAAGAUGUAUGUUGAGACUGUAAACAAAAGAGACUAAGAAAGACUAGAUAUCUAAAUUUUAGACUUCUUCAAAGAUUCUAAUACACUCAAACUCGAAUUUCAUGAUAAACAGCUAAAUGAUGAGUUUAAAAUUAUUUACCUACUAGAGUCUCUCUAGGCGCAUUCAAGAUUAACACAGCUGAUAUUAGUUAAUUGUGGAUUAACGGAUGAAUAUCUUGACCUUCUACUCAAUAAAAUAUGCUAAAGAAGAAACACUAUUUGGCAUAUGGAUUUCAGUCAAAAUGAACUAACUUAGCAUUCUAUUCCAUCGCUUUGCUAGUAUAUGAAGCAUGAUUAUGGUCUUUAUUUGAAAAGUUUGCAAUUGAACAGAAACACUAUUUAUGAUGGUGGCUUGUAAAAUCUUGCAGUAGGGUUGUUUGAUAGAUACUAAAUUUUUGAAAAUAAAAAUCAAUCAAUCACAAAAGCACCCAUUCCAAUAUAAAAUCUUGGACUCUCAGACACAAAAUUCACUGAUAAUAGGGACUUUGAGAAUCUAAUGGAAUUAGACAUAUCCAAGAAUAAUAUUACUGAGUCAUCUUUGAAGUAUCUAGGAGACAUUCUCAAGAAAUUUAAUGGCUUUAAGAGCAUUAAUAUGCAAUCCAUGGGCAAGAUGAAGACAGAAAAUGGUUGGAUUGAUUUUUGUCGCUCUCUCAGAGACAGUGGAGCAUUGUAAAUGAUAGAUUUAUCCAAGAAUGCUUUCUCAGGAUAGGUGCUAUAAGAAUUAUUUCAUGCUAUUGCUGAAAAUUAUGUGAUAAGUGAAAUAUAUGUGGAGAUAAAAGGAAAGACUAUUCCUUUUGGAUUCUCUAAUAACACUUUAAUGAGCAUGUACUAGAUUUGUCUUACUAAGGAAAAUGUAGAUCUUUGA